CAAGUGCGUAGAUCCGCUACGCACAAUUGUGAACGGAAAAUAACAGUCAUGUUUUAAUGGUCUUGCAUUUUAAAUGUUUGCUGGUAACAAACAUACAUUCUGAACUGCACCGGCGAACAGUAUAAAAUCAGGAAGACUGCAGAUGUUUGUCAUUCGCCGAGAGAAGAGCUCGAGAACAGAUCUCAUUCAACAAGCAAGAGAAUUGAAAUACUGAAGUGAAAUAUACUGAAGAUGAUGUUGCAGUGGUUGGUACUAUUGAUGCUGUUUGUUCAUAACAGUUUAGCCUUAGCGCUAUAUGAUGAUAUAAAUGGUAUGUGUUAUCACAUUAAAAACUGUAUAUAUAUACAGAUUGGUAACCGUCAAUAUUACUGACGGUUAUCUAUCAAAGACCUGUGAGGCACUGAAUGGCACAGCUUGGCGCUGAACCUCUUUCUUUCUUUUUUUUUGGCACUGACACUGUAUUUCGAAACUGCACUGCCCGUAAAGCCAACCAGAAUUGAGUUAUUUUUUCAUGUAUAUUAUCAGGGAGGAAAGUGAUUGGGACUGGAGUUAGUUUUCAGCAGUAUGCAGAUGCCUGCAUGGUAAUUUGCGGACAUUUAUAGUAAUCUAUCUAUCGAGUAUAUAUCUCAAGUUCACCUCAACCGCACAUUCAGUAGUAUUUCUUCAGCUAGUACUCCGGUUUCCACGUGUUAUGGGAUGUUUACCUCUGUAGGGAGAGCUUUUCUCUGGCCUGAUAGAGCUUUAGUUUUCUUUGCUUAACGGAAUGAGCUAUAUAGUACGAGCGAGCGAGUAUAGAAAUAAGAGUGAAACUCGGAAGCCAAAUAUUUUUUUUUCAUUCUAAUUAAGUGAUUUCAUUCCCAUUUGAUUGAUUUUUUGAAGAAGUGUUUCCGGGAUAGACAGCAUCCCUUUUUAGCGUAAAUUUUCACAAAUUCUAAAAACAAUGUACAUGAUGAAAUGUGAUUUCGAAGGAAUCGUAUUCGGUAAUUUACUCACAUCGUAUGUUCUUUCAGAUCAUCAUCGUUGGCCACGUGGAGGACCAUCUAUAGCAACUACUGGAGCAACUAAAAUAGAUUAUAGUAAAGGUAUAUUAAUACUCAAUAUCAAGAUAUAGCUGGAAGCUUUACAUAUUUUAUAGUAUCUAUACCAUGCCGCUGAGCAGCAUCGUGUUGAACUGCCUUUUUUAUAUUGCAUGAAACGACUUCCCCACAAGAAUAAGUCUAAAUAUCUUGCUGAACAAACGAACUCUAAAGGGUGUAUAAAAAAGCGCACUAUUUUAAAAUUUUCACUGAUCUGAAAAUUCCGCCAAAUAUUUGACAACUUUAUGUUAGUGCAUGUGAGUAGUUUGGAGUCCUCUGGUAUCUCCAUAAUUAUAUAUCACCAAAUUAUUGUGAAGUAUAUAUUUUGAUAAAUACCCCCUUUAAAAAUGGCCUGCGCACAAAAAUGGUAGGUUUAAAACACAAUUUGAGUUCAUUAAAUCUAUUAAAAAUGUCAUUUUUGUUUUCAGAUUUUCCAGAUGGAUGUCAUUGCAAAGGUUAUAUUUUAUCAUUUCCUAUAUAUGCUAAACCAGGUGAACAGACGGUACAGGUCACUUUGCCAGAACCAGAAGUGAUAUGCAAAAAUUAUGUGAACAAGUCAGUUAGUCCACCUAGUAAUUCUAAGUUUAAACUGGGCCGACAUGUGAUUACUUAUUCGUAUCGGUACAAAGGUUACAAGCAAGAUUUGAAGUGUUUUGUCAAUUUCACUGUUGCUCGUAAGUGAACGUUAAUAUACAUGAAAAUAUUUCUUAAUUCUAAUUUCUUAGAAGUGCAAAUUUACUGUAAAACAGUGCCAAAAAAUGCUGUUCAAAGCCAAAACACAUGAUUCUGUGAAAAGUCCUUUUAACUUUUUGUAAUUUGUCUGACAAGUAUAUUUUUUAAUUCAAGUUAUGCAACAGUGGAAGAAAAAGGUUUUUUUUGAAUAUUUCUAAUUCUUACAUGAUAAUCCUAAAUCCAUUCCCUAUUCUUUACAAUUUGAAGAAAGUCACGUACACUUUUCAUGAAGUCAAAACUAAAUUCAAGUUUUCUAAGCAAAACAAAUGUUUUACUAUCGCCAUGCAAACUUACUAAUAUAUAACUUAAUUUUGCGUUCUUUCUUCCAGUAGCGAACUGGCUCAAUUAGGGCUCAGCAUGCCCUAAUUAGCAUUGAGACCUAAUGUUCUAUUUAUAAUAGUUAACACCAAUUAUACCAUUAAUAGCUACUGUACCUUAAUUUAAUGAGACAUAUUUGAUGCCAGAAGUCAGAAUGUUUUAUAAUAAGCAAGGGCGAAGCGAUAGGAGUGCGUCGCCGCCGCGAAAGGAGUAACAUCCCUCCUCCCACCCAACAUUUGUUCAUGACUAGUAAUUUCUGGUAAAUUUAGAGGAUAACUUUGGAAAAUAUAUAUAUAUUACAAUAUAUAUAUAUAUAUAUAUAUAUAUAUAUAUAUAUAUAUAGGUAAAAUAUACGAACAUUGACAGGCACGUAGAAGUUAAAAGUAAGUGAACGCAAGCUUAGAAUGCAAAGUUUUAGCUGCAUUUCUAGGAUUUCUGAGGGUCAAAAUAUUCAAAUUGUUUCCCCGUCCCGCGCAGAUUUAUACCCGUACUCAAUUAUGCCAAUGUAUUCUUUCGAAAAAACACCUGCUACUAAUAAUUAAAUGCACUCAAAACCACAUUAAAUUUCAAACACGGCUUAUAGUCCGUGUGUUGUGACCUCGAAAAGUGCCUAGAAAACGAUUUUCAUUAAGCAUGUCUUAGAUCUGAAAUAUUUUUACUGGAACUAACACUUUGGAACACGCUGAGUUCAAAUCCGAAAAGUUCCCACUCCGUAGACCCGCAGUUUUCUCACAAAAUGCUAUUUUAUCUUCAAAAAUUUCACGACAAAUUUUUCAUUGUUCAACGACACGGAUCGAUGACGAUACACGAUUAUGUCACUCAAAAGGACCAAUUUCUAUUAACCAUUCUUCCUUUUAACAAAAGACCGGUUUUGCUCGAAUCAUUUUGAGUUAUGCAAUCUUAUGCGUGUUGGACGUAAACAACAUAUCUUGUCUACAACUUUGAGAGGGUACAGAUCAUUCCUUCUAAUAUCCUUAGUUCUGGAUAUAUCUCUAUAAAAUUACAAGGACGUUAAUGUUAAGUCUUUGGGCUAUGUCUCUGGGCUAAGAAAUAAUUGCUUACAUGCGAUCAAAGUGUUUUAUACAACGAUGUAGGACGGUAAUCUAUAUGUAAUGGAUCAGCAUUUAAAUUUCCAACGCAGUUUUUGAGAUGUAAUUCAAGAGAUAACUUAUCAUUGCAUUUGACUAUUACAUCAGUUGGUGUUAUACUGUGCGAUAAGCGAAUAUUAUUGGAAAGAGGGCUUCCAUAUACGUUGAAAUCACCAAAUAAACAGCUUAUGCACGCAUUUCUCCACUUCGUCGUAAGUUUAUAAAGCAUGUUUUAUACUUUGGGACUGAUCUUUGUCUUUGAUGUGAACAUUUAUUCUUAUAGUUUAAGGUUAUUUAAGAUUGAUCCUGUCGUAAGUCUUCUACCAGCAACCAAUCGACAAUAUUUCAUUUUAGCGUUCUCUUUGCCGUUACGUUCGCUUCGUGUUACUUUUGUUUUAAAUACCUUGAUCGCGUUAAAAGAGUUAUUUUUCAGGCCAGUGACAUAGCCAAAUAACUUCGCAUUAAUGUCCUUGUGAUUUUAUAGAGAUAUCUCCAGAACUGAGGAUUUUAGAAAGCGUUAUCUGUACUUUCUCAAAGUUGUAGACAAGAUAUGUUGUUUACGUCCAACACGCAUAAGAUUGCAUAACUCAAAAUGUUUCGAGCAAAACCGGUCUUUUGUUAAAAGGAAGAACGGUUAAUAGAAAUUGGUUCUUUUGAGUGACAUAAUCGAGUAUCGUCAUCGAUCCGUGUCGUUGAACAAUGAAAAACUUGUCGUGAAAUUAUUGAAGAUAAAAUAGCAUUUUGUGAGAAAACUGCGGGUCUACGGAGUGGGAACUUUUCGGAUUUGAACUCAGCGUGCUUGAAAGUGUUAGUUACCUUAAACAUAUUUCAGAUCUAAGACAUGCUUAAUGAAAGUGAACGAUAUCGGGUCACAACACACGGACUAUUAAAAGUGAUGUAAAAUGUAAUUUUAAAAAUCAGGUAAUUUGAGACGAGCGACUCAUACAUUCUUGGAAAUCACGAGCCAAAACUUGCCCGGUUAUAAUUAUUUUUAAAAUUUCUUCAUAUUUAGCUUGCGAAUGUCCCAGUACUCAAACAGUGAAAGCCACAGUCAAGCCUGGUGAAACUGAAGCCUCUGUCACAUGGCGGGAACCUGAACCUACUUGCCCGACUAAUCCAAGCGGACAGAAUCCGCAAAAUACCCGUGAACGGUUUUCUAUCGGCAAACACACGGUCACGUACAAAUACACUCACGUGCACAUCGGGUUCCGAAUGUUUGAUGUAAAAUGUCAUGUGAACAUUGCUGUCACAAGUAUGCUAGUACAUGCGUAAAGACGAUAAGAGAAUAGAGUGGACAUUGCCGGGAAAAUAUAUAGGCAAACGAAAGGGACAUAUUGAAGCUGCAUGUAUAUAUAUGUAUAUCUACACCGGUUGUAAAAACGUACCAUGCCUAUAUAUGUCAUACAUUGUAAUCGCCUUGCCAACAUCGCCUUAAAGUGCAAGAAAAUCGUUUUUAUUAUCGUAAAAAACAUGAAAAUUAAACUGUGUAAUGUUGUAAAACACAAAUUCCCAAAUUUUUAUCACUAAAUCUAGAAUAAAGUGGGCCACGUAUGAUUAGAUUUUUCUCUGAAUUUGAAUGCUUCUGGUUAUUUUGGCCAGUCGUAAGUUUUGUACUUAUUGGUUUUGUUGGUGAUAAGAUAGUCAUGACACUGUUGCUAAGACGAUUUCAAAAUGUGAUUUUUUCAGCUGUGGUGUUGAACUUUCAUUUCUUUGCUUAAAUAAAUAUAUUUGGAAAAACAAACGCGUGGUUUUACACCCAAGACUUCCAAUCAAACGUCCCCAUUAAGAAGCUUCAAUUGACCCUUCAAUUUUUCCCGCAAUCAUUUACACAAAUGAUGGAAUUAGUAUAGGUAAUCAUGCGAUGGCGAGUACAAUUAGGGAUUAAUAGUACGAGUGAUGUUUGGAAAUUUUGCCAAAAUUGGACGAGCCGCCUGGGCGAGUCCAAUUUGGCAAAUUUCCAAACAUCACGAGUACUAUUAAUCCAUAAUUGUACGAGCAACAUCGCAUUUGUAGAGAAUUGGAGUUUUUUCAUUGAAUGAAAUACAUUUUUAUUAGUGCUGC